GUCCAGGCCCGGACUCCCACAAACAUCUUUAAACUUGUUAUAAAAUGUCGCCGCGCGAACUGGACCGAGCUUCCACCGGUCUGUGAAGACACCGAGCUGUGACUGAGGCAUUCAGGGCUGCUGAAUACUGAAAUAGACUCUGGGCCAACACAAGCACUCUCCUCAGGAAGCACACAGGCCCAGUCAGAGCUUCCACGGCUCCUCAUCACCACAGCCCUUUUGGGGUUGCUAUGGCAGCUGCUGUCACAGAAACCAAGUGCUGGACACAGGCUUGCCCCAGUGAGGCAGGACAGACCGCCAGUCAUUGCCACGAGAGACCAUCAAACAGUCAACACACAGCACUUAGCAUCAAUCGGAGCACUCUGAGUUAACAACACGACGAGAGGUCCGCAGGCUGAGGCUCGGCUCUGGAGGAUCCUCAUGAGUCUGGCCUGUGUCUGCCCCGGCUCUGGGCCAGAGUCCACUGUUCCUUCUGUUAGACCAUGUUUCACCAGCAGGACCAUCUGAAGAGCCAGCUGCAGGAGAGUCACCAGGCGGCCGCCAGGCCGCUCUUCCACUGCCAGGAGUGUGGGAAGCAGUACAACACGCAGCUGGGCUACAGACGCCACCUGGUGGCGGCCCACGGCGCCGCAGCGGGCCUGCCCUGCGCGGAGGGGUCGCCCUCUCUGCUGGAGCACCUGGGCAGCCACAUCGACAGGCCGUCGGAGGGCAGCGCCAACGCCGCGGUGCCCGUGAGGGAGAGGAAGUACUCGUGCGAGCGCUGCGACCGCCGGUUCUACACACGCAAGGACGUGCGGCGGCACGCCGUCGUGCACACCGGGCGCCGAGACUUCCUGUGCCCGCGCUGCGCCCAGCGCUUCGGACGCAGGGACCACCUGACGCGCCACCUGAAGAAGAGCCACGCCCAGGAGUCGGGGCUGAUGCCGCCCUGCACGCCCAGCAGCACCCCCGUGGCGACGCCCACCCCGGCCACCCAGUGCCCGGUGAAGGAUGAGCUGAGCCCCGUGGCGUCCGACAUAGGCUCCGCCUCCAAGGAGCCCAUGGAGACGUUCUCCAGGGACAUGUACAACUCCUACCCCAUGGCGAACCCUGUCCCGGGGAUGGGCCACGCUCACGGCCUCAUGCAGGGCUCCCUGUCCUCCGGGGUGGGCGUGGCUCGCCACAUGCCCGCUCACGCCCACCACCACCACCUGCAGCCCCCCCCGGCGGCGGCGGCGCAGCAGCCCUACAGCAACAUGGCCCGGUACCCGCACGGCUCUACCUCAUACCCCCGCGCCGACGUGGACAGCUUCCUGCUGGACCUGCAGAGCGCCCCCCCGCCUCAACUGAGCGCGGUCAACUCCUCUACCUCUACGGCCGCCUCCCCCCAGAGGGAGGGGCUGGGUGACGGCGGCGGCGACCCCCACCUCUUGUCCAGGAGCCCCGCCAUCUCUUCAACGGAGCUGAGCUGCACCACCAACAUGGACCUGGGGCCCCUGCUGGGCUUCCUGCCCUUCAGCCUGCCCACCUACAGCCCCCACAUGGGGAUGGGGGGGCUGGUGAUGAGCUACCCACCGGCCACCACCACCACGUCCCCCUCCUCCUCCUCUUCCUCCGGGCUGCCCUCCCAGGCUCCGGGGCCGUUCACCUUCUUCCAGCCCCCACAGGCUCACGUGGCCCCCGGCCCCGGGGCCCACAGCCAGCUACCUCAGGCCUACAGCAGUCCUGCUAUGAGCACCUCCAGCUCCCUACCUCACUACUACCAGGCCUUCCAGCAGUAAGCAGCUCGGCCCCCACACACACACACACAUGGUGCCUUCACACGUCGCUCGGGAAAACACGAGAAGAUCGGCAUCUUUUUUUUAUUGUAAAGCAAAUGUGUGACUUUUAGCCCCGUCGGUGCUAAUUAUGCUAUCUUGAUUUUUUAUUUUUUUUAUUUUUGUUGAACACAACAAAUCACCUCAUCAGUAUUACCUCAUUAUUUAAAAAGAAAAGGAAUGGUGAACAUUUGAGGAAAUGAAGGUGGAGCACUACGUACCUGCUACCAACAGCGGAUGCACUUAACGCGCUCGUCACAGGCGCCGACGGGCCCCGGGUCUGAGGUCUGGCUUCUCCUGGAAGAUGCUACUGUUCUAAGGAACCUGCCUUCUCAUUUUAGACUAUGGACCCCGAGCAGCCUUACGGAGGGGAAGAGACACGCCGUGUGUUUCCCGUCUCUCACAUAUGCAGUAACGAGCUUCACGUCCACCGAUCAGCAGAAAUAACCAAAUGUCCUCACAGCCGUCGUUUGAAGUCAAGUUAACACGCGUCCGAAUUAGACCUCGUUAGAAUUUGGCCUAUUUUUUAAGUUGCAGUGAAUACCUGUAAAAAUGUAUUAGAACAACUAGAAAGUGCAAAGCGUCGCUCGAUGCCACAGAAAGAGGAGCGGAGCGGGUCGACCUUGAACACGUGGAUGUGUUGGCUGCAUCAUGUAAUAUAAUGUAGUGGGACACUUCCUGGUUCACCUGACCACAGGUGUGGUGAUUAGAGCCGCAUCGUGCUGCAGAAGGAAACCUCCCACGUUUAUAAUGAUUAAUUCAGUGUUUCCCAUUUUAAAUAGUUCACUUUUCAUAAUGAGCUGCAUAUAUUUUUACACUUCUCCAUGGUUUAGUUCUCGAGCAUUCCAAGAGGAAAGCGGUGCAACAUGUGUUGCCUCCAAAGAAACACUCGGGCCGGUCGGGCCUCACGGGCGGCGCCCUGCGGCCCCCGACGUGUGAGCGCUGCGUUCCCUGAAGCUCCGCCUCCCUGUGAGCUCCAUAAAGAAGAUUCCUGUUUUAGGGACUACAGCCGCCGGACAGGUUCCCCCCCGCCCCCUUAAAAAAAGUCUAAUCCCAACGUGGAUUUGGAGGAUUGCCUUACCUCCCUAUUCGGAGUCCGGACCCUCGGCCCGGGGGAUUGGACUCGUCCUCCAUGGUGGUGCAGUACCACCAGGCUCCACCAGGAGGCUGUAAUGUCCUCUGCGAGCUCCACAGCGCCACACGCUGGACUCGGUAUACAUCACAGGUGUGACGUCACCACACACAAAGCACCAUGUUUAUGAUGACAUUGUUUAGGCUACUAGAGCACAACGUCGUUUACAAAAAGCCCAACUUUGUAAAUCUAUCCUCCUAAAAUGCACCAAAUUGAUGCAUUAAACAUUUAAAAUGUAUAAAAUGUAGGGUGAAUGCUCCCCGUAUUUUUUUAUAUCCCAGUAUAUAUAUAUCGCAGGAUCAAAUUAAUCUCUUCAGCCCUGGGACUGAUAUUCCUUCAGACUCAGCCACGCCUCUCUUACGAUGUUCCCAGCAUGCUCAGCGGCGGUUGUGUUGUCCUUAAAUCUCCCAAAACCGUGACCUCUGACCUGCUAACGGGUCUCAGAAUGACUUCCUGUCCCAUGAAAUACAUCAAUUGAACCAGAAGAGAGCAGUAGUUUAGUCCUGGUUCCCCUCUUGGCCCACGUCUGAGUGGUCUGAGUGGAGGUCCUGCAGACCGCCCCUCAACUCCAUGUGACCUGGAGCACUUGACCAGCAUUGGGCAACAACAAGAAGUCUCGGCGCUCCUCCUGGAUCUCUGGAUCUGAGCCGGUCUACUUGUGACCCGCAUGAAGUUCUGACUUUAUUCCUGAAAAGAUGGCGGCAUGGAUUCGACGAAGGCCUUCAAGAGCACUUGUUCCCAUUUCCUUGUCCUUUGUACCAUCACCGUUGGUAUUGACGCGCUCCACAGGGCGGUGGUCCUGGAUCUCAAGAGUAUCGGAUGUAAUUGGGACUAAAAGGUCCCCCCCCCCUCCAAGGUCCCUUUGUCAGAGUCCCAGUGCAGCAAGGCCAGAACAAGUCCUCUAAACCAGCACCGGGUGCUCCGCUCAUUGGUCGAGGUCCGUGGGGACGGAGGAGUCCUCCAGCUGGAAGACGAUGUGAAGAAGACCUUCGAGAGGGAUUCUGACGACUCUUCUAAUGUCUUCCACGAACUGAACGUUGAAGGACUUCUUUCAACCUCCAAGUGUUGCACCAAUGUCUUAAAAUACUACUGUUGUGCCUCUCUAAGAGUGUCUAGUCUCCUGACUGGGUUUAAGCACUUAAUAACAUUUCUAAAAGCAGAUGAGUAGGAUCUGUACCUCAACCACGUGAGCUGUGGGCUCUGUCUCCGUAUCGGCUUCUAGUGGCGUCGGCUCUUACCUGGGCCGGUAGAUUGAACUAUAAAGGUAGAUUUUAUCUAGAGAGACAUUGACAAUAUAAUUCGGUCAAAUUUAUUCUACCUCUACCUUUUUUGUCAUAUAUGUUUUUUUUGGUUUCAGAAUCAUUAGUGCUAGUUUAACCUGUACCAGUUAGGCAUGUGUUACCACUGUUGAAGACCAAUUCAACUGAAGGACGGGCGCCGUACCCAGAGCCGAGGUCUACUUGCCUUUAAUGAUGUGUCUACUUAUUUACUACCUCAGAGAAGAGACAGGCGACUGUCCGUCUAACUACAGAGAAGAUGUCCGCGUAGAGUUUAUUUUUGUCCGAACAAGCACAUGUACUUUGUAGCUGCGUAGUUUUUUACUGAGGUCAGCUGGCAGCAGAACGGUGGGUCCAGUGCAGCGAGUACCACAUGGCGGUCCUGGUCCCGGAUCCCACCCCCCCAGCCUCUUCAGUCUGGAAUGUUUACUGUGGGUAUGAAUCCUCGGGCUGAAGGCAUUCCACAGGUGCAUGUUGGAAUGUACAGGCAACAUUAUGGGAUGGCUCAUUGUCUAAUUGUCAUUACAAAUUGUUAAGACAAAAAUAUAGUUGAUGAUGUUGUUCUACACUUCCACAAGGGCUGCGUUGUUUGCCGUGAUUUGUUGCAUUGUAUAGUAAAAAUAACAAGUAUUGAUGGACUCCCCCCCCCCCCCCCCCCCCCAGCUCUAGAUCUGGAGUAGAAAAGGGUUUCAGAUGCGCUUAGGGGAUCCAACAAGCACUUAUUCUGGAGCUUGAGAAGACCUCAGUUUACAUUUCACUGAUAAGGACCUCUUGGGUUAGUCCAUUACCAACGGGUUAAACCAACCUCGAGUCAGGAACAUGUUCCAUUAUGUGGAACGAGUCUGAGGACGUGUUCCAUUAUGUAGAGUAAUUCUGAGGCUGUGUUCCAUCAUGUGGAACAAGUCUGCUGUACGUCUGAGGACGUGUUCCAUUAUGUACAAUAAUUCUGAAGAUGUGUUCCAUUAUGUGGAACGAGUCUGAGGACGUGUUCCAUUAUGAAGCAGCUUGUCUGCUCACCACCACUCUGCACAUUGAAGCAUUCCAGACUGAAGGAGGACCAGAGGACUCCAGGGUGAAUUCCCUAAACGAUCAUCAGUACUGUUGUGUGGCUUGCAUUAGGUCGGCUCUGAGAACCACUAUAAUGCAGGGUUUGACACCUUUUAACGUAGAUAUAUUUUGCAUUAGGUGUUUUGUAUUAUCACUUAAUAGAUUUUAGAAGACAGUGAAAAGAAGUUGUCAUUUUUUUGAUUGUCUGAACAUAAAGUAAUACAAAAUAAAUUAAUCUUUUGAUUUA